AUGACUCUAGAGGGUCUCGAAAAACAGGUGAGUAAGAGCCUCUGGACAGUUGUUACUAGGCUGUUGCUAGGGCGGCUGUUGCUAGGGCGGCCGUUGCGGAGGCCGUCAAGAGGAGUGGCACUCGGAGUCCUAAUGAUGAAAUCAGGCGGGCGCCGGCGUCGCCAGAAAGUGCGUCAUCACGCGCGGGCGCCUGGGGGCGGGGCCAAGGCUCAGUCACGUGGCUUGGUUGCCUACGCGCUGCUGGGCCGUGGGAAGAUGGCGGACGGAAAGGGAGACGCCGCCGCCGCUGCCGGGGCCGGGGCUGAGGCUCCGGCGGUGGCCGGAGCCGGAGACCGAGCCGAGACUGAUUCCAUGGCUCGGGGUCAUCGCCCCGCAUCUCCGGUGCCGGGAGCCCUGGGACUGCGACCUUGUCUGUGGCAGCUGGAGACAGAGCUGAGGGAGCAGGAGGUGUCUGAGGUCUCAUCUUUGAACUAUUGCCGGAGCUUCUGCCAGACCUUAUUGCAAUAUGCAAGCAACAAGAAUGCAUCAGAACAUAUUGUGUAUCUUCUGGAGGUAUAUCGACUUGCCAUCCAGAGCUUUGCCAGUGCACGUCCAUACUUAACUACUGAAUGUGAAGAUGUCCUCUUAGUGCUUGGCAGACUAGUACUGAGUUGUUUUGAAUUACUGCUUUCAGUGUCUGAAAGUGAACUGCCAUCUGAAGUCUGGGUACCGUUCCUUCAGUCUCUACAGGAGUCACAUGAUGCAUUAUUGGAAUUUGGAAAUAAUAACCUACAAAUAUUGGUUCAUGUUACCAAGGAAGGUGUAUGGAAGAACCCAGUUCUUCUUAAAAUUCUGUCUCAACAGCCAGUAGAAACAGAGGAAGUCAAUAAAUUGAUUGCACAAGAAGGACCUUCCUUUCUGCAGAUGCGAAUAAAACAUUUGUUGAAAUCUAACUGCAUUCCUCAGGCUACUGCUUUAUCAAAACUAUGUGCAGAAUCUAAAGAAAUUACAAAUGUGUCAUCUUUUCAGCAAGCUUAUAUCACGUGUUUAUGUUCCAUGCUCCCUAGUGAAGAUGCUAUUAAGGAGGGGAAACAAACAGUCAAACUUGUGACUGUUACGUCAGAAAAGAUGAGAGUGGACUUUGGAGUUCUGAGACUUCUGGAUGGCUCAUUACUGGAUUGGAUUGACUGGGAGUUUAGGAAGAAAAUGUUUUUCACAAGACCUCUAGAGAAGGAGGAGAGCAACAGUCAGAAUAU